ACUUCAGCUUUAAGACAGCACUAGGGAAUUGUUUGACUCUCAUCUAAAAAUGAAAGUAAAAGCGUGCAAUGGUUCUCCGUAAAAAGUUAAGAACCACGUCUUGUUUCGUAAGUAAUGCCAAUAAAGCAAAAGGAGACGAGCUUCAAGAAAACCUCAGAAAACACAUGAACGCUUUCUGUGUCAAAUGCUCCUGUCCGGGUUCAUAGUAUUUUCUUGAAAUUCUUAGAAAGUUCGUCUGAAGCUACAAAACUCUACGUUGGUCAUUGCUUGUCAAAUGAAAGAAGUGCCGCAAGAAAAUGUAUCUGAACGAGAGACAACAAGCUACUCAACUAUACUUUGCAGUCUUUAUUUAACAGGAUUACGUAGCAUCGCCACUCUAAACGAGCUGUACUGAUCUGCUAGGAUGACAUUUAUUGUAACUUUAUUAUCAUAUGGAGAAUCCCUCAGUCUACAGAGCAAUAAUGUGUAAGCAGAAAUCAGUUUGGCAUAUACUGAAAUGAAGACUGCAUUAUUUUCUCUAACUGGUAUACGUCAAUUGAGAAACCUACAAAGAAGCAUUUUCUUUCUUGAAACCGUUAUCAUACAUCAUUUCUGAUAUGUCUCAGUCAUCCCAUCUUCUUGCAGAGUUGGAGCUAAUUGCUAAUGGAGAAAGGAAGCCACUCUGAGAAGCUGGAACCAUACCGUUGUCCUCCUAUUCUGUAUGCAGACACAAAGCACAGCUCCUCUGUUGACAACACGGCAUCCCUGGCAUUGCACACACUGUUGGAACCAGUAGAGGGGGGAUUCACAGAGCACUUUGUUGACCCUAUCAGUGACAAGUACAAAUGUGAGCUUUGCCACCUUGUGCUCUGCAAUCCAAAACAAACUGAAUGUGGCCAUCGAUUCUGUCACACCUGCCUUGAAACUCUGUUCAGUUUUCCAGAACAUGCCUGUCCUGCAGAUCAAGAGCCUCUGGACCAUUCCAAGGCAUUCAGUGAUGUUUGCUGUCGAAAAGAAAUCCUAAAUUUAGAAGUAUACUGUAGAAAUCGAAAAUCUGGCUGUACAGCAAAAUUCUCACUUAAAGAGCUUGGUGUACACCUUAGUGAAUGUUUAUGGCAGCCCAUUCAGUGCCCAAAUUCUGUCUGCAGGGAGCUGGUUCUGCGAGUUAACCUUUCUGACCACCUGCUAACUUGCUGCAAGUUCCGUUUGGAGGAAUGCAGAUAUUGCCAUCAGAGCAUCAUCCUUUAUGAAAUGCAGAAACAUGAAGACUUUGAGUGUCCAUCAUUUCCAUCUGCCUGUCCAAAUGCUUGUGGGAUCCUUUGUCUUCCUCGUAGUCAGGUACAAAAUCACGUACACGAGUGCCCUCUGUCUGAGAAUCCCUGUGCCUACAGCAGUUAUGGGUGUUAUUUUAAGGGAACCAAAGAGAAAGUAAAGGAACAUGAAACAAAUAGCAUGCAAGAGCAUAUGCACCUGUUACUGAAGGGCAAUGCAGCUUUGACAGAAAAGAAUGCAGAGUUGCAAAGAGAGCUCCAGGAUCAGAAAAACUUUACCCAGAAGAUGUCUAUGAAGGUAGAGAUGUUGGAGAAAAAGCAAACCAGUUUAGAGCAAUUGUUUGAAAAGACUGAUUUCAAGAUCAAUGUAACACAGAGAGCCUUAACUGAUCAACUGCUGAAAAUGGACCUUCUGCAUAAACCAGAGACGCUGAAUGAGUUUUAUAAGGAUAUGCAACAAAUUCGUUCCAACAUUGAAACACUGAACCAUCGGCUAGCUGUCAUGGAAAAUAUUAGAGAUGACUCUCUGUAUCUUGGUGGUUUCAAUACAGCUCUUGAAUCUCAGGUGAAGAAACAUGAUGACCUCCUGACCAUCCAUGACGUUCAACUAGCAGACAUGGACUUGCGCUUUCAAGUGCUGGAGACAACAAGUUAUAAUGGCAAGCUGAUUUGGAAGAUUCGGAACUACUGGCAACGUAAACGCGAUGCAGUUGCAGGAAAGACACUUUCCCUUUACAGCCAGCCAUUUUACACAAGCAACUCAGGGUACAAAAUGUGUGCUAGGGUUUAUCUGAAUGGGGAUGGGAUGGGGAAAGAAACACAUAUGUCAUUGUUUUUUGUGAUCAUGCGGGGAGAGUAUGAUGCCUUGUUGCCAUGGCCCUUUAGACAGAAAGUAACACUUACUCUGAUGGACCAGAGUAGUGCCAGGCAACACAUUUCUGACACUUUUAAGCCUGAUCCAAAAAGCAGCAGUUUUAUGCGUCCAGUUUCGGAUAUGAACAUUGCUUCUGGCUGCCCCUUGUUCCUUGCCCAGACAGUACUUGAGAAUGGUGGCCACAUUAAGGAUGACUCCAUAUUUAUUAAGGUGACAGUAGACACAUCUGACCUCCCAGUACUGUAAGCUGCACAGUCAAGAUGCCUCCAUUCUUGCAUGAAUAACAUUGUUUCAACUUACUGAGGUCACUGUAACUUGUCUGAAGAAGCAGGUGGAGUGCUGGGUUCCAAAAGCAUCAUGUAAUUACUGCUUUUAUUUGUACAAAGAACUUGUGUUCCUUCCCGGUGAGAACUGUAUGCAGCUUGUAUAUGUAUAAUUUAACUUGGCAGUAGUUAUAUUUUAUGAAUCCUUUAUCAGCAGUGUAACAGCUAGUGACCUUAAGCUCCCAACAUAUGAUUCUGUGAAGUGUGACUGUUCCAUACUCAGUGUUGUAGCUGAACCCUGUUAACAUCCUUUUAUUGAGACGAGGUAUAACUGUUGCCUUAUUUACUAACUGUCAUGUUCACUAUUUAUUUAUUUAUUAAACUUUGUUAAGUGAGUAGGGGGCUGGUCCAGGGAAAAGUUUUCAGCAAUGGCGCAAGCCAUAAGACAAUAACAACAGUACUUAAGAGAAAUAAUAUAAUAAAACAUGAAGAUCCUAGUUAGAGAA